CGUGACUCCAUCGAUUAGGUCUGCAGCACUUUUCUUGCUCUCGAUCUGAUCAGUCAUUCUAUUGUGUCUCCAUUUAAUUGACCAGGGUCUUGAAUCUUGAGGUAGUUGCAUCUAAUUCAGACCCACUGUCAACAUGACCCGGCCAAUUGACUUAGGGCACGCUCUGCUCCAAGCCACGAACUCACUGCUACAGCUGCGAUUCAGCGCGACAGCAAAUUUCACUGAAGUCGCCGUUGGUCCGAAUUCAAGCCCAAGGAUCAGCUUCAAAGACUGGAAAGACCUCAAGUCAUUGUGGAUCACAGAGGCCCCAGAACUCGAGCUACGCAUCUUUGUAGCUGCUGACCCUCCGAUUGAGACCACGAGACCCAAAUUCGCUGCAGCUCUGGAGGAAGGGCUUUGCAAUUCAAAGGUUUGGCCCGAUUUGGGAUUCGACAUUAUCCACAAGAGUCGCACCAAAAUGGGGAUUUCUGCAGCUCCAGGAACUCAUCGCCUUGAGUUUGGUCUCUGUCGGAGGGAGUCGCUAAGUGCCCCUGAAAAUACUGGAAGACUUCCUCCUAUCUUGCAAAGUACGCCAGAAGCUCACGCCCCUCCCAGUGUCCCAGCAGUGUGUCUGGCAUCCAUUGACCUACAUCUGCAAUAUGCAUACUGCCCCGACAUGCAACAACCGGAGACACAAAUCGUGGAGCAACCGAGAUACAAACAUAAAGAUGAGACUGAGACUCCGCUUGGAUCUUGCUCGAUGGAAUAUACUCAUUCAAUCGGAAAAUUUGCAGUUGCGACUUUUGUUCUGUCUACCAAACAAGAAUCGGUCCUCCCACUUGACCAGCCUUUCAAUAUGGAUGAGAGCAGGCAUGUUGGGCCUGAAAGGCAAAAGCCUCAAAUUGAGACCAUUGAACAACUUUCACUACAGUUUUUGGAUCUUUUCGACUUUGGCCUACAAAGAUUGAUUCUCCCGGGUGUUAUCAGAAACCAUCGCAUCAAAGUGGUUGGUAAAAACAAACUUCAAAAUCUGUCCGUACUUGCACCUGCAGUCUUGAAUCCCGAAUACCGCGAAGCGAUGAAACAGCGGGCAGUGUCUCUUUCCACAAUCAGCCGGUCACUCAUGUCGAUGCUCGAAAACAACAACAACCCUGACAUCCAGAGCAAAAUGUCUGCUGCAUUACAGGAGUCAACCAGCCCUGGCGGAUCUUCGGUAUCAAGCACCCCGCGUGACAACACAACCUCACUUACAACAAACUUCGAGUCCGCAAUAAAGUCAUCGUUAUGGAGCAUUGCGCAGCAUAGGCUGUCCAAUGUCAAAGCCUCCAAAAGAUCUGGAUCAUUCUUCGAGUCAAAUUGCGUAUCAGGAAAGUCUUCCAUCUAUUCAGAUGAUGACAUUAUUCUGCUAAAACCCGCAGAGCAAGAAUUUGAUUCAGAUAGCGAGAUGUUAGGACUGGACAGCGAUACCAAUCUUCCUCCAAACAUGAACCAUCCUCGGGCGUUGGAUGAGCUGCUAUCCGAAGGCAGCAGUAUGCUUAGUUUUGGAGACCUUCAUGAAUCAACUCAGGGAACUGAAAUAUCUCAAACAACACAGACAUCUAUUGAGAGUCUUUCACAGGUAUCCGAGUACCUGCCUUCGAACUUGGAUGAUCUUGAUAUUCUCCUUUCGGAUGAGAUCUUGAUGGAGGAAGGCGUUGAUGCAGAUGAGGGUUUCGAGUGCAUGGACUUUUGUUAGUCUCUACAAACCAUAAUGGCCUAGGAUGAUGAUGCUACAUAUUUGCA